AUGUCUACCAAACCACCUCCGACAGACCUUCCAAUCUACUCCUUCCGCACGGCAAGGGACCUCGAGGGCUUUCUCGAGCGCGAGCACUCCAUAGCCCCAGGUUUCUACCUCAAGCUAGCCAAAAAGGCCUCUGGAAUUAAAUCUGUAUCAUCCUCCGAGGCCGUAGAAAUAGCACUAUGCUUCGGAUGGAUCGACGGGCGCGCGAACGGAUUUGACGAGAACUGGUGGCUAGUGCGAUACACACCUCGCCGAGCAAAGAGCAUCUGGUCACAAAAGAACGUCAAUAUUAUCAGCCAGUUAGUAGAGCAGAAUCGAAUGCGCCCGAUGGGCCUAGCUGCUAUGGAUGCCGCAAAGGCUGAUGGACGCUGGGACCGUGCCUAUGCUGGACCGGCCACUAUCACGGUUCCCGAUGAUUUUGCUACUGCAUUAGCAGAGGUACCUACUGCCUUUUCUUUUUUUGAAGCGCUGAAUAAAAGCGAUAGGUAUUCGGUGUUGUGGCGGGUUCAGACUGCCUCGCCUACAGCGCGAGCAAAGAGGAUUGAGACAUUAGUUCAGACGCUUGCGGAAAGUAAGCGACCGAGUGAGAUGUCUGCGUCAUCAAAUAAGCGCAAGAAGGAUCCAGAUGAGAGAAUUGUACCACAAGGAAGAAAACUUAGAGCAAGGAAGAAGAAAAGCUGA